AUGGUUUCUGCCGGUGGCCAUGGCGGCUACAGCGACGCCGACGAUGCGGUCGACUUCCGCGGCAAACCGGUGGACAAAUCCAAGACCGGGGGAUGGCUCGGAGCCGGACUUAUCCUAGGGACGGAGCUUGCGGAGCGCGUGUGCGUGAUAGGCAUCUCGAUGAACCUGGUGACGUACCUCGUCGGCGAGCUGCACCUCUCCAACGCCAAAUCCGCCAACGUCGUCACCAACUUCAUGGGCACGCUGAACCUCCUAGCCCUCGUCGGCGGCUUCCUCGCCGACGCCAAGCUCGGCCGGUACCUCACCAUCGCCUGCUCGGCCACCAUCGCCGCCGCAGGCGUGAGCUUGCUGACGGUGGACACGGUGGUGCCGAGCAUGAGGCCGCCGCCGUGCGUGGACGCGCGGGGCGCGCAGGGGCACGAGUGCGUGCCGGCGAGCGGCGGGCAGCUGGCGCUGCUGUACGUGGCGCUGUACGUCAUCGCGGCCGGCGCGGGGGGCCUCAAGGCGAACGUGUCGGGGUUCGGGUCGGACCAGUUCGACGGCCGGAACCCGCGGGAGGAGCGCGCCAUGGUCUUCUUCUUCAACCGCUUCUACUUCUGCAUCAGCCUCGGGUCCCUGUUCGCGGUCACCGUGCUGGUGUACGUGCAGGACAACGUCGGACGGGGCUGGGGCUACGGCGUGUCGGCCGCCGCCAUGGCCCUCGGCGUCCUCGUGCUCGUGGCGGGGACGUCCAAGUACCGGUACCGGCGGCCGGCGGGGAGCCCGCUCACGGUCAUCGGUAGGGUGCUGUGGACGGCGUGGAAGAAGCGCAAGCUGCCGACCCCUGCCAACGCCGACGAGCUCAAUGGAUUCCACACGGCAAAGGUGGCCCAUACUGACAGGCUCAGGUGCCUAGACAAAGCCGCAGUCAUGGAACCAGUCGACCUGGCCGCAAGUCCGACCAAGCAGGAGCAGGCGUCAGCCUCAACAAUGACGGAAGUGGAGGAGGUGAAGAUGGUGUUGAACUUGUUGCCUAUCUGGUCCACCUGCAUCCUCUUCUGGACAAUAUACUCCCAGAUGACCACAUUCUCCGUGGAGCAAGCCACCCGCAUGGACCGUCGCCUCAAUGCCGGCUUCGAAAUCCCCGCCGGCUCCCUCUCCGUCUUCCUCUUCCUCUCCAUCCUCCUCUUCACGUCCCUCAACGAGCGCCUCCUCGUGCCGCUCGCCGGCCGCCUCACCGGCCGCCCGCAGGGGCUCACCUCGCUCCAGCGCGUAGGCACGGGCCUGGUCUUCGCAACCGUGGCCAUGGUCGUGAGCGCGCUGGUCGAGAAGAUGCGCCGCGACGCCGCGAACGGGGAGCCCCGCGUCGCCAUCAGCGCGUUCUGGCUGGUGCCGCAGUUCUUCCUCGUGGGCGCCGGCGAGGCAUUCGCGUACGUGGGGCAGCUCGAAUUCUUCAUCCGCGAGGCGCCGGAGCGGAUGAAGUCCAUGAGCACGGGGCUCUUUCUGGUUACGCUGUCCAUGGGGUUCUUCCUGAGCAGCUUCCUCGUCUUCCUCGUCCACACCGUGACAAGAGGGGCAUGGAUACGGAAUAACCUGGAUAGGGGGAGGCUUGACUUGUUCUACUGGAUGCUGGCUGUGCUUGGGGUGGUGAACUUCCUUGUGUUCGUGGUGAUUGCAAGGCGGCACGAGUACAAGCCCAGCACGUCAGUGGUUGUGGCUCCCGCUGGGGAGGACAACGAUACCAAGGAAAAGGAGAUGGACGACGUCCUUGUGGUCAAUGAGAACACCGUGGGGAUGGAUGUGUAG